GGCUCGCAAUCGGGACUAUUCAACCAGAAAGUCAUCAUGAUAAUAUAAAAUUGUCACCUUACAUUUCUUUUAGCACUGUCGGGUGGAAGGGAACUCCGUCAUACUGACCUUUCCCGAGGGUUGUCACAUACAUUUGCUUAGCCAAUGCCCAAGCACCCAAUCGUACUGGCUCAUGGCCUCUUUGGCUUCGCAGAACUCAAACUGGCGGGGUCUUACCUGCCUCCGAUUCACUAUUGGCACGGCAUCAAGGAUGCCUUGAUCGCAAACGGCAACGAAGUUCUCACGGCCACGGUCCCGCCGUCAGGAAGCAUCGAGGAGCGGGCCGCCAAGCUGCGCGAACACAUCCUCGCCAACUCCAAAGGCAGACCAGUCAACAUCAUCGCUCACUCGAUGGGUGGAUUAGAUGCACGUUACAUGAUCAGCAAGGCACGCCGCACACGAAGCGCUGCGCAGGAGCAGAAGAAUGAGCCCGAGAACGACAUCAAUGUGAGGGCGCUGGUGACGGUCGCAACUCCACAUCACGGCUCGGCGUAUGCGGAUUUCCUGCUUGAUCAGAUCGGGCAGGAAAACCUGCCUCGGUUGUAUAAUGUUUGGAAGAGCACAACGGGGCUCGGGACUGGGGCGUUCACCC